AUGGCCGAUGCAAAGAUGCAGGAACUUCUUGCUAAACCUCGAAAUGAGUUGACUGAGUACGAAGUAGCCCAAGUGGAAGAGCAUGAAAUUACCACCGGCCCGCUUUCCAUCUUGCAGACUGCAGUCCGUACCCGCACCCAAGUUCUGAUCUCCUGCCGCAACAACCGAAAAUUGUUGGCGCGCGUCAAAGCUUUCGACCGACAUUGCAAUAUGGUUCUCGAGAAUGCAAAGGAAAUGUGGACGGAAACGCCUAGGCUUGCCAAUGGGCAGAAGGGCCGAAAAGUGAACAAGGACAGGUUCAUCAGCAAACUCUUUGUUCGAGGGGAUUCAGUCAUUCUUGUCUUGUUAAGUUAA